CCAAACUCUUCCCUUUGCGCCGGUAUAUGUGCAUAUCAAGUAACAUUGUCAGCCCUUCUGGCUCUCAAUUUGCCGUCCCAAUGGGCAUUCAACUGCAUGCGCAGAAUGUCAACCAUCCUCCUCGUUUCCUCCUCCCCACCUCGACCAUUUGCCCGCUCGCCGACCCCAGUUGAGUCCUCUUCACCGCUACCUUCACCUGGUGCAUUAUUCGGCGGCGGAGUAAGUUGCGUCAAGCGAUUCAAGUCGGUCGACAAAACAAGAGAUGGGUUUUCUUCCAGUUUUACCAGCGCACGAUCGUUAUUGUCGACCAGAGUUGGAGCAGAGAAUAUCCCACUGAGGUCUCCAGGAAGAGACAAGUUCAAGUUGACAACCCCGACGCUUCAAUCCAGGACAGCGUCUGACUCAUCCACGAGGCUGAAGCUGGUGUCAAAGCAAGCGUCUCAGAAGAGCCAGGAUGCCGUCUCUUCCAUAGUUGGGGAAUUGCGCGACCAUGCGACAACCACUUCCAGUCAUCAGGUGCACAAUGCGAAUGAUAUCUACGACUUUCCAGAGGACGAACCGUGCGAAGUACAACUUGAAACAGAGGUAGCCAAGCCCAAGACAAGAACAGCGAAAGAGUGCCGCCCUCUUCACUUAGAGCAGGCUAUACCAAGGCGACUGGACUGGACACCGGCAAAAGGCGCGUUCGAUGAUUCGACAUCGUCGCCAGAGACCGAUGUUCAAGCGAUCAAAUUCUCCAAAGACAUUCUGCAGGGCUUUGUCUUUGCCGACACUUCUGUUCAGGCCGCGGUACAGAAGGUAGCGACAAAAGUAGAUGUAAACGGCGAGGCUACAAAGCGACGGCGCAUUGACCUUGUCACAACGACAGAAAGUCAGGCUCGACUACCGCUGCCCACCGUAACGUUGGACCCUCCUCAGGAGUCCGCAAAGGUUGUCGGCAAGAGAAGAAUUAAGUCUCCACCUAAGAAAGCGCUCACGAUCACUGGAUUGGCAACUUCACACUACGGCGAAGGACAUCACAAUGGGCGAAAGGUUGCACCGAUGCUUGAAUACCUGACCGCAACACAGGUCAACGCAGAUAAUGACUCCGGACCGGUCAGCAAGCAAAUAGCGACAAAGGAAGCAUCCACUAAGAAGCCGAGGGCAACCAAGAAAGCUCCCUCAAAGAGUCGACUGAAGUCCCCAACGUCUGUGAUGAAAACAAUCGACAGUCAGGAGCUCGUGUUCGGAUCUGCGAGCCAGCUUGCUCGUGACGAGUCUCCGACCCUACUUCGUGAUACACUGGAAGCUAUCAAGCGAUCAGAGUGCAUUUUAUCGUCUGAUCCAAUCUCUCCUCCACGUACACAGCCAUUCUCUGUUGAGUCGACGUCACCAAGCGCGAGUCGAGGCACGAGUCGUUUUGUCAGAAGGAAGAACCUAUGGAAUGCGGCUGGCCGCGAUGAAGAUAAUGCGCUGCUUCAUGUCGACACCAUCGAUCUGAUUGAUUCUCCUGCAGUGCGCGAGGCGUUAGCUGGGAAAGACGUUCUUCUCCAACCGGGCGGAGUGGCGACAAUGGUGGGUCCGAAAGCACAGACCGAUGUACGAACUCAGGAAACGCCACUCAUAAACAAAGCUGGAUCUUUGCUCGAUAUCGAUGACAUUGCCACACCAUGCCUCAGAGGUGGUGCUGGCGUGAUGCCUCAGUUGCAAGCCAGAUCUUUCCACACCUCCCGGGUUUUGGAAGAACCUCGUAAGAGAGCCAAUGCUGUCGAGGACACCACCGAAGAAACAACUGCUGUCGCAAAAAAGCCCAAUCCAGCUAGGAAAAGAGCAGGACCUGCGCCUGUCAAACCAUCCUAUGCAGGAUACUCUACAGGCGAUCUGCAGAAGCAGAUCUCUGCAUAUGGGUUCAAAGCCGUGAAGAAUCGUGACAAAAUGAUCGAGCUUCUCAACCGGUGUUGGGAGGAUCAACAUGGUGGUCAGACUAUGCCAGAAAGCGAGCCCAAUGAACCACCCGCCGAUGCCCUGACUCACGGCGACUUUCUCAGCAAAGUGCAUGACGUCGCAGCCCGACCAGAGCCCAAAGUGAAGAAGCCACGAGCCAAACGGAAGUCAGAGACCGCCAACGCCACUACGCCAAAAGAACCAAAGAAGAGGAAAAAAGCUGAACCCAAGCCCAAAGAUCCCGUGAAGAAGGUGACAAAGCCCAGGAAGCCGAGGACGACUACGAAGAAGGCUGCCCUUUCCGAAGAAAUCGUGAUGGACGUCGACGACAUUGAAGAUGCGGAUACCAUCAGCAAACCACCCGAGGAUGUAGCGCAGGUUCCAAAGCAGAAGACCCCGAAGAAGAGGACACCCAAAGCCAAAGCAAAAUCCAAAACAGUAAACACCGAGAAACCAGCAACACCGCCACCCACCCUACCCGUGGGGGCCAGCUUCGACUCACCCUCUCGCGCGGCCAAUGUUGUACAAGAACAUGACGACCUGGCAGUGGCAGCAGUUACAGAGACUGGAGCAUGGACGCCGGAACAAACACAGGCUCCGGACCUCAAACGCCAGAUUCGCGCGGCCAUCGAAAGACAGUCUGUCGACAGCACGGGCGCCGCACCGACCUGGCGCGAGAAAAUCCUCAUGUACGACCCAAUCGUACUCGAAGAUCUGACAGUGUGGUUGAACACCAAGGGUUUCGCUGCCAUUAGUGAGGAUCGCGAGAUCGCUCCUCUUGAGGUACGGGCUUGGUGUGAGGAGAAUGGCGUUUGUUGCUUGUGGAAAGGAGGGUGGAGGGGCAAUAAGAAGGGAGCUGGCGAGUAAGAGGGCUAGAUUACGUCUAUGUUCCUGGUCUACAUUGUGUGGAGUAUAGGGUGGACGCUAUUGGGCUUGGUUCAUCGUUACUCUGAAAUGCCUUUCUGGGAUUGGCGUCGCUUGAGACUUGGGCACGGCUAUCAUGACUCCGGGAGAUAUGAACUAUGAAGAACUGGGGUCGUAUCGUUUAGCGGGCAAAGACGGACACGCUCGGUGCA